AUGCCAGCCCAGAGUCCUGGGGCUGCCUUUGAUCACCGCUGUGACUUCUGUAGCCACGAGGGCCUUGUGUUGGGUGGAACCACCUUGAUCGCUGUCGUGAGAAAUAGGAGAAAUACCCGGGCAUCUGCCUCCAGAAAGGUGUCGGCCUCAAAAACUCUGAUAAAUUUGCGCCUUAUCUUGGUAAGCGGGAAGACAAAAGAAUUCCUGUUUUCCCCUAAUGACUCAGCUUCUGACAUCGCAAAGCAUGUGUAUGACAACUGGCCCAUGGACUGGGAAGAGGAACAAGUCAGCAGUCCAAAUAUCCUCCGGCUUAUUUAUCAAGGACGGUUUCUACACGGAAAUGUCACACUAGGAGCAUUAAAACUGCCCUUUGGCAAAACAACCGUGAUGCAUUUGGUGGCCAGAGAGACAUUGCCGGAGCCAAACUCUCAAGGUCAAAGGAACCGUGAAAAGACCGGUGAGAGUAACUGCUGUAUCAUCCUGUGA